AUGACGCAGUUUUGCCUUCACUGUCUAAUGAAACGCGUAAAAGAAGAAUUUGGCGGUAAAGAGUUGCUGUAUCCGAACGAACCACCACCGUGGAUAAAAGCUCCCGAUGAAGCGGAAGUAGAGAAACCAGCAGAAAAAGAACCUCCGAAAACUGAAAAGCCUAGAAAAGCUGAGAGGCAUAAAAAGCAGAAUCUGAGGAUGGUCAUCCCACAGGAGGAAAUAGAUGACCAUCUGUACAAACGUUCAUUUGAGCUUCGAGAUGGUUUGCUAACAUUUGAGAUUAUGAAGAUGAAAAACAUGAACAAGUCAGCAGCUCAUGCGUUUAUGAUCCAACUGCGUCAACGUGCAAAAGCUGAGAAAGAAGGUCCCUCCAAGAAAAAGGACGACCAGGCUAGUAAAGUCAAUCCUCGCCGGCUUCUUCCAUGGUGUCCAAAUGUUGAGUCCCUGUUUCCUCGUGGGCUUGUUUCCGGCCUGGACCAAAAAGAGCAGAUUCGUUUCUUGGCGAUUUGCCAGAAUGCAAUGAAUUCUGGCUCAUUCAGGUUCGCACACAAUGUGAAAGAUCUCAAGGAGUUUCAAAAGCGAGCAGAUCCUGAGCGGAGCUACAUGGAGUCGCUUAUUGUGGAUAAUAUAGAGAGCAACUUAGAAAAUGAUGGCUCAAUUCAUAGCAGUCAUCCUUUGUCCUGUGUGCCUAGCAUGGCUUAUGGUUUUGUUCUGAAACGAUGGAGAAAACGUUGGAAUGACAAGAGCUUUCCGCAAAAAUUCGAUACUUCAGCACCAGUAUGCUCAAUUGAGUGGAAAGCGCAAGUCGUUCCUUCUGGCCAAGAACACUUCCCUGAGCUUAUAGCAACUAUUCUGAAAGGACGUCACGAUAGAAUUCAG